AUGACUCAACACCGAUCCGGGCAUGGGUUCGAUUCUAUCAAAAUUGGCACCUCUAGGGCUAAGUUUCUUAUUCACCUAUUGUCUCCGGUAUCUAUUUUCCGUCUAUAUAAUGUUUUGCUACUUAGCAAAUCAGAGGUUCCAGAUAGGAUACUUCUCAGCAUCCUACACGCACUUUCAGAAGCUGGAAUGUUCGUUCAAGCUUUGCAAGUAUUCCAGAAGCUUGCACUUUCCCCUUCGAGGAAUGACAAAUCUUUGAGUCUCCGGAAAUGGCAGUUUCGACGACUGUUUCUUAAAUUAUACAGAGCCGGCAUUCCGAUUCACGAGUCAGAUGUUAUCAGUUUCUUCUCUUCAUUUGGAAAUAUGGAUCCCCUUAUAUACAAGCUCUUGAUAUAUGCAGCAGCUGGCGUAAAUGACGCCAAUAGCGUGCAUAAGCUCACAAAAGACCAUGAAAAUCAAACCGGAGCUGCGCUGCCAUUGGAUGUAGUUUCCGCGGUAUUUCUGAUGCAUCACCGGCUUGGAGACAGUAGUAGGCUCGAAAUUACCUACAAUGAUGCUCAAAGACAGGGUUUACAACCUCUGUCGAACAGCUUCUUCGUUACCGCUGUCAUGUUGGUGGAAACUCAUAAAGAAAACGCUAGCUAUUGGGGUCUUUGCAAACUUUAUAGGCGUUUCUUUAAACCACUUGCAUUAAACCUCUUGGAGCUACCUCUUCCCCGCCAGCGGAAUACUCCGGGCCCUCAGAAUGCGCUCCUUGAACCGACAAUCGGGACGCUAACGAUCAUGCUGAAUUCUUAUCUCAGGACGGUUGCCGGGAAUUUAGAGGGCUCGAGGUAUGCAUUGACCAUUUAUUGGAGAUAUAUAAGUCUCAUUAGGAACAACAGCCACAUACCACAGUUUCAGACGGCAAGCGAACACUUUGUUGCCUGCAUUGUGUCGGCAGUUGCCAGAUACAAGCCGAACCUAGGACUAGCUCUCGGGAUCGUACAAGAUAUGAUCGACUUUAGCGACCUGCCCCACCCAACCAGUUUGACGUGGGACUCGUUACUUCAGGCAUCAACUCUACACAGGGAUCCGGAUACAUCUGAAAAAAUAUGGGAGGCAAUGUUAGAACACGGGAUCCCUCCAACAACUCAUACAUACAGUGCGAUGAUCAUGUUGUAUGCUACCGUGGGUGAUCGGGAGAAGUCGGACAUUAUACGCUACCGCAUAACACAGGAAGGAUGGGCUUUAACCCCACAUCUCCGGAAUGCUUUAGAAGUUGCUGAGAGAAAACUAACAUACCGAAUAGUAAGGAGGGUAGAAGGUACUGAAAACUAA